AUGGAGCACACCAAGAUCGUUAAGGGAGCUGAUGGAGCCGUUCUGCGCCGCUCUGGUCAGAUCCUGGAGAGGUGGCGAGAGUACUACAAUCACUUGUGUAACGAAGAGUUCUGUCAUCCUCCCAUCCCAACCGUUCCCAGCGUCGAGGGUCCUGUUCUACCAAUUACUGCCGUCGAAGUCAGUGCUGCCCUCGCAAAAAUGAAGUCGAACAAGGCAACCGGUCCUGAUGACAUACCUGUUGAUAUCUGGAAGCUGCUAGGAGAUCGAGGGUCCAUGUGGCUCGCAAUUCUAUUUAACAAGAUCGUUGCAGAAGGACGGACUCCAGAAGUUUGGCAAACUUCCGUGACCGUGCCUGUCUGGAAAGGGAAAGGAGACAUUGCUGACUGCACCUCGUACAGGCCUAUACGACUGCUCUGCCAUACGAUGAAGAUUUUUGAGCGUGUCCUGGAAGCUCGUCUGAGGAAAAUUGUUAGCGUUUCACUCAACCAGUGCGGUUUUGUGAAGGACUGCAGCACUAUAGGUGCUAUCCAUGCUGUCCGAAUCCUCCUGGAGAAACAUCGAGAGAAGAACCGCAGUGUGCAUCUUGCUUUUCUCGAUCUCGAGAAAGCUUUCGACCGUGUCCCACAUGAGCUGUUAUGGAUGUCCAUGAGGUCGCAUAGAGUACCAGAAGAAUAUGUGAGGUGGACGAAGCUGCUUUAUGCGAAGCCUACCAGCGUUGUACGAUGUGCUGUUAGAACAAGCAGGCCAUUCCCUGUACGAGUAGGGGUUCAUCAGGGUUCAUCCCUCUCACCUCUGCUGUUCAUACUGUGCAUGGACACGAUAACGAAGGAAAUCCAGAAGCAGCAUCCGUGGACUCUACUCUUUGCCGACGAUGUCAUGCUCGCGUCGGAGUCUCGAGAUGAUCUUCAGAAACAAGUGCAGUCUUGGAAGGAUCAGCAAUAUGGAUUGCGCCUCAACACAUCAAAAACUGAGUACAUGGAGUGCGGACCAAGGAUAGAGGAUGGUUCAAUUCGUGUUGAUGGCACCGAAUUAAACAAGGUGAACUGCUUCAAGUACCUUGGAUCCAAAGUGACUUCCACAGGCGACAUUGAUCAAGAAGGUCGAGCACGUGUUAAUGCUGCAUGGAUGAAAUGGAAAAUGGCAACAGGGGUACUGUGCGAGAAGAAAGUCCCUGUUCGACUGAAGUCGAAGAUCUACAGGACGGUUGUGCGUCCUGUUGCCCUUUACGGAUGCGAGUGCUGGCCGACAACGAAAGCCUUGGAAAGAGUGCUGCACGCUAUGGAGAUGCGGAUGUUGAGGUGGACGAUAGGUGUGACGCUAAAAGAGAAAGUAUCCAGCGACACUGUGCGCUCCAUCUUCGGUGUCGUCCCGAUAACUGAGAAGAUGAAGGAGGCGCGACUGAGAUGGUUUGGUCACGUAUUGCGGCGGGAGGAAGAUUCUGUUGCCAAAACCGCUCUGAAGCUCGACGUUUCAGGAGUGAGGCCGCGCGGGAGGCCAAAGAUUCGCUGGUUAGACCGUGUGAAGCUGGAUAUGAUAGAUGCACGUUUGUGUACGGCUGAUGCAAUGGAUAGAACCAUAUGGAAGACAAGAAGCAGAAAAGCGGACCCUGCAACAACGCGGGACAAACGCUAG